UGGCCGCGGGGUGAAGGGAGGAAGUGGGGCGCCCUGCCGUCCCGCCACAUGUGUGUCUGUGUCCGACCGAUGUUAAUCGCUUUUUUUGAUGCGGUGAUUACAACGCGGACUUUAGACUUGGGGAAACCUAGGUUCAGAUCCUGGUUCCUUUAGUUAGUAGCUUAAAUACUGAUGAAAGUUCCCCAACUUCCAUAUAGGCUGUAUUUAACCGGGGGAACAAACUGAGGCUCAGAGUGGUUAGGUAGCUUGCUUACGGUCACACAGCAGGGAAGUGGGAGAGGACUGAAUCAGACAGCUCGGUCCGGCUCCAAGGCCUGUGCGUUAACCAUCACCCGCAGGCUGCGAGCCACGCUCUGAGCCUCACCGUCCUCAUCUGGAAAAUGGUGAUGGAUGUCCUUGCCUAAUGGUAACCAAUCCAGCAAAAGCGACAGCUGUAUUUUAGGCACUGGGUUGUCACGAGGCUCAAAAAGAUUAUGUUUGUCAGAAACACUAUAAACUUCUGUCUGAAACGGUUGGAGUGUGUAUCUGUGUGAGGGAAUGUUUAUGUAUGUUUUAGAAUUGGGUCUGAAUUGAUAAUAAUUGUUCCCUUUUUUAGGUGUGAUAAUGAUGUUGUGGUUGUGUUUUUGUUAAGAAUCUUUAUCUUUCAUAGAAAUACACUGACAGUUGCUUUAAUCACAGAGUUGGGCCAGAGGCACUGAAUGAAUCAAGCUUGGCCAAGAGUUGAUAACUGUUGAGUCUGGGGAGAGACACAGGAGGACUCGCUAUUCUCUUUACUUUUGUAUGCUUGUCAUUUUCCAUAAUAAAACUUGGGUUUAAGCAGGCAGGGAAGUUUUUACAAAAGCAGUGGGACUUACUGCAUUCUACCAUUAUAAAACCACCUCUAGAAUGCUGUGUUCAAUUCCAGACCCAAUGUUUUCAGAGAGAAGCACAGAUGAAGUGAACUGAGUAAAGAGAGGGUGACCAAAAUGGUGAACAGGCAGGACCUUGAAGAGUGAGUGAAGGAAGCAGGGUGGACACUGGCACGAUCCUUAGGGAUCUAAAGGAUGAUCCUGGGGCACCAUUUGUUCCCAGUGGGGUCACUGCUAAGCUAAGACCACAGGCAAGGGAAGCAGAUCAGUUGCAGAAACUUUGUGAGCUUUCAGCGGUGGGAUGGCUCUUGAGAGGCCAAUCACAAGUUCCCAAUCGUGGAGUGUUCCACAGGGGCCUCGUUUGAUGGCUUAGCAGAGUAGAUGUCAUUCAUUUAUUCGUAUAUUCACCAUUUAUCGAGCACCUGUUACAAGUCAAACACUGGUCCAGGAUAGCGAAUACAUCAGUUAUAAACAUAAAACAAUAAUCCCUGCUUUUAUGGAGCUAGCAUUCUGACGCAGGGGGAAGGGUUGUGCAGAGAGACAAGCAGAUUUUUAAGAAACAGCAAAUUAUAUAGUAUGUUCGAAGCUGUUACGACUCAUGGAGAAAAAUAAAGCACGAGUUGGGAAGAAAGGGUUCAAUUUUAAAUAGGAUGGGUGGGGAAGGCCUCUCUACUGAGACGGUAUUGGAGUGGAGACCCAAAGGAAAUAGGGAAUUAGCCUGGGGGCCACGUGGGGUGGGGGAGCGUCCAGGGCAAGAGCGGUCAGGCAUAGGCCCUUGCACUUGGCAUCUUCCCGGAACAGCCAGGAGGCCAGAAUGGCAGGCGUGCAGUGAGCGAGGGGAAGCUCGUGAGGCCUGGGCUCAGAGACAGGUGGAACCGCAACGCCCACUGCCCUGUGGCCGCUGUAAGAACUUCGGCUUUUUCUCUGAGUGAAUGGGGUGCUCUUGUAGAGUCUCGCAAAGUAGUGACACGAUCUGACCUCAGUUUUAACAGGAUCCCUCUAGCUGCUGUGCAGAGAAGGGAGGCUAGGGCGAGAGCAGGGUGUUAGUAAUAAUGCAGGCUUGGGUGAUUGAAGUGGUCAGAGCCUGGAUCUCUCAAAGAGAGGCAAGGGGACUUGCUGAUAGGUUGGCUGAGGGGUGUGAGAGAGAAGGGUCAUAAAUGACUGAGAUUUGGGGCCUGAGCAACUAGAAAGAUGGAGUCGCCAUUAUGUGAGAUGGGGAGGGGUGCGGGAGAAGCAGGCAUGAGGGGCAGAUCAGGAGCCUUUGUUAGGUUCUGAGACGCCUGUUAGACAUGCAGGUGACGAUGACAAAGAGACAGGUGUUUGUCGUGUCCGACAGGCUGCAGGUGUAAACUUGGGAGUCACCAGUGUAUAGGUGACAUUUAAAUUCAUACAAUCACCAGAGGAACGGCUACAGGUAAAGAAGAGGUGAGAUCCAAUGUCUAAACCACAAGCGCACCAAGAUGGCAGAGGGGAAGAGACACCAGCCCAGGAGACCAAGAAUUGGGAACAACCGCUAAUGACUUCCCUGUGGUCUGCUUCUCGAAGGUUCAGUUCGCAGAGCGCUUCAUUUCCACAAGGAUACGUUCCUAAAACGUCACUGAGUUCACCACCUUGGCCAGAAGUUGUUGUGCCAGACCCCGUCGAGGAGGCCAGACACCACGCAGAGGUCGUGGAGAAGGUGAACGAGCUGAUCGCCCGGGGCCGGUACGGCAGGCUCUUCGCAGUGGUGCACUUCGCCAGCCACCAGUGGAAGGUGACCUCUGAAGACCUGAUCUUAAUUGAAAACAAGUUAGACGUUGCGUGUGGAGAGAGGAUCCGGCUGGAGAAGGUGAGACUGUCCUGCUGGUUGGGGCCGACGACUUCACGCUGCUCGGCAGACCCCUCCUCGGGUAACGUGCUCUCAGAUGCCGGCGGGGAGGCUAGGCAGAGGGGCUCCCGUCACACCCGCUGCAACCACCAAGCUCAACACGCUUACGCUUCUCACUGUGGAAAGGAUCUUGUUCAAGUAGAAGCCACAGUCAUUGAAAAGACAGAAUCAUGGCCAAAAAUCAACAUGAGAUUCAAGAAAAGGAAAAACUACAAAAGGAAAAGAAUUAUCGUGAGCCCUCAGACCAUCCUCCGGAUAAACACCAUCAGGAUUGCUCCAUGUCUGUGCUGAUCAUCCAGCUAAUGUUUCUAGAAAUAUAAAAAUAAACCCACUUUCCGAGGA